AAGAAAUUGGAGCAGGCCAAGAGAACACUGAAGGGAAAUUGAAGGAAGAGUUUGGGGGCUUUAACAGCCCCUGCACCUGGUGAUGCCAGUAUGGAACCGGGGUACCAGGGGCAUCCGUGGCCUGAGCAGGGCAGUGGCCCUGGAGGGCAGUCAGAAGAAGGGGAGGUCCCUGCUCCAGUUCCUGGCUGACCGCUUCUAUGACGUGCAAGCUCUCAGGGAGUACCUGCUCCAAAAGCAGGUGUUGAAGGUGCACCAGAAAAAUCGGCCCUUCACCUACAUCAAGGAGCGCUUCGGUCCCCACGCCGCGGGCGCCUAUUUCAUCCUGAAGCAGGGAGGCGCGGUCAAGUUUCAGGGCAAGGAGUGGAUCCGGUCAGAUGCGCAUGGCCACUUCUCUCUUGACUUCUUGAAGUUCCAGGCGGUGCCCGUAGAGGCCGUCGAUGCCAGUGGCUGUGCCAUCAACUACCAGGGCCUGGACAGCCUCUUGGCCCUGAAGGAGCUCCAGUCCCUGUGGCUGCAGCGCUGUCCCCACGUGGAUGACUGGUGUCUCGGCCGCCUCCACCCGCUAGCCAACUCGUUGCAGGAGCUCUCGCUGGCCGGUUGUCCCCGAAUCUCCGAACGGGGCCUCGCCAGCCUCCACCACCUGCGGAACCUCCGCAGGCUGGACAUCUCAGACCUCCCCGCCGUGUCCAACCCGGGCCUCACGCGCAUCCUGGUGGAGGAGAUGCUACCCAGCUGCCAGGUUCUGGGGGCUGACUGGGCCCAGGGCCUCCCGUCGGGGCCGGAGGAGCAGUCCCAGGACAGGGCCAGCCCCAUCCCUGCCUAGGCCUCGGCCCCCCGCCCCAUCAAGCUGGGCAGCAGCGGGGCUUCCGUCUGGGUUCACUCCACAUGGGGGGGGGCACCGCCAGCAGGUCUGGGGAGAGCGGGAGGCUGGCGUACCCGUUCCUCACCUCGGGGGCUCGGGCUGGCUGCACCCUGGGCUGAAAGGUCACAGCUCCUGUGUCAUCGGUUAGGCCGCUCUUUCCACAGGCUUCUCUCCUGGGUUCCAACAGCCUCCCAGGCCCGGGGGAGGUAAGCCGCCCUGGGGAGCCACACUCCCCCAACCCCGUGACUUCCCCAGACAUGGCCACUACCACGUCGAGAAACCCUGCUCUUGACUUGUCCCGAGACUCAAAGUAUCCUUACUCGAACGUGCUGCUGGCCCGGUUCCCUGUGGGGCACCCCUCAGCUCACGGCCCGCUGCGGCAUCCCUGGCCUCCACUCGCCAAACGCCCGGAACCCCCCUGGCACCCCCGCGUUCCCGCUAAUCUGUCCACCACAAAUGCAGCUCUUGUGAAAACAGGCCUGUGCCUUUGCAGUAGUUUUCCCUCGCUAAGUGGCGUGGUAAGGCUUGUCGGUAGAGGGCGCCCGAGAGACCCCAGGAGGAGAGCCUCGGCUUCCGUGGGUGAGCUCUGCGCGCUCCCGGGCUCCUGCCGGGCGCGCGGCCUCCCCAGCAGGUGGAUCCUGAAGUGCCGGGCGGCCGGCAGCUUCCCCCGCCCCGCCAGCAGUCUGAGAGCAGUGUCCCCCACUGAGGCACCCGCCUGCGGAGGACUCUCCGCUGCGUCCCGGAAGGGGGAUUUCAGCAGAUGCCAAGGCUCCUUCUCCGUGAAUCCCUUAUUUCAAUUCGCUGUUCAAAGUCAACAGUUCCUGUUAAACUUCACCUGUUCGAAUUACUGUGUGGUUUUUCU